UCUCUCUCUCUGUCUCUCUGAGUCUCUCUUUCUUUCUGUUGAAAGUUGAGACCAUAGGAACAGAAAAGAAAGAGAAAAGUCCAAUAUUUGAGAGCUGCAUUGUGCUUCGUUUUCGGGCCUUCCCUUCUCGGAGGGAUUUUAUCUGUUAGAGAAGCUUAAAGAAACAAAAAUUCCUACCUUGUAACAUAACCUGUUGGUGCUUUUGUGGUAGUGGUGGUGGUGUGGAUUAGAGAUGCCAGAGAAGGCAGUGAGUUCACCACCUUGGAAUCCAUGGAUGUCAAGGUCAGGUCCCUUGCUUCACUGGCGCAUUGGGUUGCUGACAGCUUUUGUUUUUGUUGGGAUGGUUGUCGUUUGGAGCGUAGAUGGGUGCACCAUUAAGAGCUUUCUUGAAGCUUGGAGGCUCAGGCAAGAUUACAGAACCAUGAAGGUCAGCACUCGUCCUGUGAAUCUCACACAAACCCAUCAAAAAUUGCAUCUUAACGCAUCCAACAUUGUAUCUAAUCCGACCCACUUCAAUUCCAACAUUCUUGAACCACUUAUUGUUAAGAAUUCAACUGGGCUUCCUAAAAAACCAGCCAGGAAUCAAAUGCUCCACAUAGCUUUGUCAAAUUUGAGUUGGGUUUCAGCUGAAUUGGAACCCAACUUGACCUCCAAUCUUCUGGCCAGGUGGUUAGCUCCAGGAGGUGAACCCUGUAAGGAUUCUAAGACACUGAAUAUUUCAAUUCCUGGUUUGGAUAAUAGAGGUGGGAACUUGAUUAGUUUGUCAGCUGGUGAAAUCCAUGAGUUUGGUUUUCAAGCACUGGAUGAGUAUGGAAAUCCUAGGUGUUUAGGUGGGGAUUACUUUGAGACAGAUCUUUCAGGGGAUUCUUAUAAAUCUAGGCCUUUAGUCAAAGAUUUUGGCAACGGGUCUUAUUCUGUUUCACUUCAGGUUCAUCCGGAUUUUGUUGGGGAUUACCAUCUCACUGUGAUCUUGCUUUAUAGGCACUUUGAGGGUCUGAAGUUUUCACCUUGGCGGUUUGCAGUUGACCGUGAGCUUCGUAGGAUUCCAAUCAGGUUUUACAAAGGUUCAAGUCAUUUACCUGAACUACAAACUUGUAAAGAAUCUGAUUUUAGCAGGGAUAUUUGGUAUGGGAGGUGGACUCGGCAUGGUAAGAAUGAUGAUUGCGAAAUUGGUAAUGAUGGGCGGUACCGAUGCCUAAAACCUGACUUUCCAUGCCAGAGUCCAUGGUGUAGUGGUUCAUUAGGAUUGUUAGAGAGUAAUGGUUGGGUCUACUCGACACACUGUACUUUUAGAUUGUUUGUAGCUGAUUCUGCUUGGAAUUGCUUGAAGAAUCGCUGGAUUUUCUUCUGGGGUGACUCAAAUCAUGUUGACACGAUACGAAACAUGCUCAAUUUUGUUCUAGAUUUACCUGAGAUCCCCUCAGUUCCUAGGCGGUUUGAUAUGAACUUCUCAAAUCCAAAAGACCCGUCUCAGACAGUUAGAAUUACUAGCAUUUUCAACGGGCAUUGGAAUGAGACAAAGAAUUAUGAAGGUUUGAAUUCGUUGCAAGAUGAAGGGUUUAGGAAUUUAUUAAAACAGUACUUCUCAGAAGACACUGUUCCAGACACUAUGAUCAUGAACUCUGGAUUACAUGAUGGUGUUAAGUGGAAAAACAUAAGGGCUUUCUCUGCUGGGGCAGAUUAUGCAGCUUCGUUUUGGGCAGAAGUUUUGGAGUCAGUGAAGCGGAGAGGGCUGGCAGUGCCAAAGGUUUUUUACAGGACCACAAUAGCAACUGGUGGAUAUGCACGGUCACUUGCAUUUAACCCCAAUAAGAUGGAGGCGUUUAAUGGGGUAUUGGUGGAGAAAUUGAAGCAAGCUGGGGCAGUUUCCGGCGUGAUUGAUGACUUUGAUAUGACAUUUCCUUGGCAUUUUGAUAACCGAUGCAAUGAUGGAGUGCAUUAUGGCCGGGCUCCAGCAAAGAUGAAGUGGAGAGAUGGGCAAAUUGGGCACCAGUAUUUUGUAGACCUCAUGUUAGUUCAUGUGUUGCUCAAUGCCCUCUGUGCAACAUAGCGCGUUAGAGAGGUUUGACACAUGCAGAGGAUGAAUUUGUGCAAUCUUCUUAGCAGGUGGAGCACUCAGAUAGCGGCGUAAUGACACUAUAGAGAUAAUAUGGAUUGCAGAUCCUUCCUGACUUCAAGCCAAAAAAAAAAAAAAGGAUUGAAGGCCAUUGUUAGAGUGCUGAUAGAAAUUUGAGUUGCUACUGAGGAGGAAAAAGUAUGAGGUAAUGAGAGUUAUAUCUAUUGGUUCAUAAUGUUCAUUAGAUCAGAUGGCAUUCUUUAUUUGUUUAUAAACUUUUUUUUUUCAAUAUAAAUAUAGAUAAAAUAUGGUUAUCACGCUUGUAGAGUUUGAGAUGUCCAGAAUGUCAGAAAUAGAAAUAAGUACUGGUUGAUAUCAAUAUAGGGCAUCAUAGUUGUUGCA